UAUCCAUAUAUGCAUACAUACAUUAUACAACUAUGAUGAAGCUCUUUGGCGAAGAAGAUUUAUGGAGAACAAUUUCUUAGUUAUUAUUACAAGAUUGCAAUGGAAUCUAUAACGGUUGCAGCGGUGAGUCCGGCGGCGACAAAAGCGGUAAGCUUUCUGGUGGAUAGUCUAUCGCAGCUACUAUCGGAAAAUGUCGAACUGAUAAGAGGUGCGAAGGGAGAUUUCCAGCGAUUAUUGGAUGAAAUUGAACCCUUAAAUGAGUUACUAGCUGGAGAUUCUGCACAAUUGAAAACCAAAAACAACAUCGAUUUGGAUAAAUUGUUCCUGAAAAUUCAACGAAUAGUAUAUAAAGCUGAAGAUGCGAUCGAUAAAUUCCUAAUUCAGGCGAAGAUUGACCAAGAUAACGUGUUCAGUAAAAUCCUUCCAAUUCACAAAUGGAUCCACAAUUGGAAAAUCGCACCGGAAUUCAAGGAUAUUCUCGAACAAGUGACCGGAAUUCGCGAAGAGAGUCAACAGGUUUUCCAGAAAAGCCAUAUACAGAGUACUGCUUUACAGCCUGGAAAAGGUACGGGGACACAGGGUCCUGCUGAGGAGGAUAUCGAAGUGGUUGGUUUUGAUAAGCCUGCAGAAGAUGUUAUAAAGCGACUCGGUGAAGGAUCCAAGGAUCUUGAUGUUAUACCUAUUGUGGGAAUGCCAGGCCUUGGAAAGACCACACUGUCAAGAAAAGUUUACAAUGAUUCUUCCCUUGAUUUUCAUUUUUACAAGAGAAUGUGGAUUUAUGUUGGGACAUCAAAGAAACCAAAGGAUAUUCUUGUUGAGAUUGUGAAUGAAGUCGCGCCAAGCAAUAGUAAAGAACUAAUUAAAGACAAGGAUGAGGACCAAUUAGCUCAUAUCAUACGUGAUUUUCUUGUUGAAAGAGGUAAAUAUCUCAUUGUCUUGGAUGAUGUGUGGGACACACAAGUUGUAGAUUUUGUCAAGAAAGCUUUCCCAAACAACAAAUCCCAGCCCCGAGGGGACAGAAUCAUGUUGACAACUCGCCAACAACGUGUGGCUGAAGCUGUCAGCGCUCGUCCUCACAAUCUGGAAAAAUUGUCAAAAGGGGAUAGUUUCAAGUUGUUGGAACAGAGAGUUUUUGGCAAAACAAGGGAGUGUCCUAUUAAUUUAAGAGGAUAUGGAGAAGAGAUUGUAGAUAAGUGUUGUGGCGUACCACUAGCCAUAGUGGUGAUUUCAGGAGCUUUGAAAGGUUGUAUGGAUGAAAGUGAAUGGAUAGUAGUCAAGGAAAAUGUGGGGAAGAUCUUUAUAAACAAGGACGACGAUAAAAGCUGCUUGAAAUAUGUUGAAACGAGUUACAAUCAUUUGCCACAACAGAAAAAGGCAGCCUUCUUGUAUUUUGGAGUAUUUCCUCAAGGCUUUGAUAUUCCUGCUUGGAAACUUAUUCGCUUAUGGGUUGCUGAGGGGCUAAUAAAGUCCGAUCUUCAAGGCAGUGAAAUCGAGAAGGUUGCAGAGACUUACUUGAGCGACUUUGCCGGUAGGAAUUUAGUGAUGGUGAUGCAAAAGAGAUCUAACGGUCAAAUCAAAACAUGUCGUCUCCAUGACAUGUUGCAUGAGUUCUGCAUUAUUGAGGCUAAAAGGAUAAGUCUCUUUCAACAAGUAUAUCUCCAACCUGGUGUUCAAGUUUUUCCUUCUAUAGAAGAUCCAAAUACUUCUCGUCGACUAUGUAUUCAAUCCUCUAUUCCGUAUAAUUUUAUCCCUAAAGAUAGAAUUGUACAGCAUGUUAGGUCUCUCUUAUGUUUUUCCUCAAACCAAAAGCAAAUUGACUUGUCUAAUCUAGAUAUCCAACUCAUCCCCUACGCCUUUCCACUCAUCAGGGUGUUGGACAUUCAAUCCCUCAUAUUUGAAUUCUCUGAGAUGUUUUAUCGGCUAUUUCACUUGAGGUAUAUUGCCAUCAAAGGCAACUUCACGGUCCUUCCUUCACUCUUUGGUAAUUUUUGGUAUUUACAAACCCUUAUACUUCAUACAGAUACUUCAAGCUCCACCCUUGAGAUAAAAGAGGACAUAUGGAAAUUGUUACAAUUGAGACAUCUGCACUCCAACCUUCCUGUGAAAUUGCCUCCCCCUCCUACUCCAACAAGCAAGAUUCGUACUUCUUGUCUACAAACUCUUUCUAAGGUUACACCAGAUAGUUGCAAAAAAACUGUGCUUGCAAAGGUUAUUCAUCUCAGAAAAUUGGGUAUUGAAGGGCAAUUGGCAGUUCUUCUUGGAAAGUCUACCAAGGAACGUGGAUUCGACAGCUUCCAAGAGCUAACACGCAUCGAAAAUUUGAAAUUGUUGAACAAUGGUUGGAGUGAAGAGCUUCACCUUCCUCCACACUUUUUCAGCAUACUAGAAACACUGAACAAGUUAACUUUGUCAAAUACAGGUUUUGAGUGGAGUGAGGCAGAUAUAUUGGGGCAGUUGAAAUGCCUUAAGGUACUAAAAUUGAAAGAGAAUGCAUUCAUAGGGAAUAAAUGGGAACCCAAGGAAGGAAGUUUUAGCAAGCUCCAAGUCCUGUGGAUUGACUGGGCAGAAAACUGGGAAACUUGGGAUGCAUCAAAUUGUCGGUUCCAAAGUCUUACACACCUUGUUCUUAUUUCCUGUUAUGAUCUCAAGGCUGUGCCACACGAGCUGGCUGAUUUACCUUAUCUUCAAGAGAUGAAACUGAUGCGCACAUUCAAGGCAGUCAGUUCUGCCAUAGAAAUCAAAAGCAAGAAACUAGGGAAGCAAAAUCCGGAAAGCAGCAUCAAAUUCAAUCUCAUUAUAUUGCCCCCUGCCUCGUCCACAAAUUAAGGAUCGAAUUAAGGCAUGACGUUCACUGGGAAUUAACCUGGGAUCAAUGAUGGCUAAUAGAAUACUCGUGGAUCACUCAGUGUUUCAUCUUUCUGCAGUCCAUUCCUCUGAUAAACUUGUUCCAAUAAAACAAACCUGUUGUCUUUUUAUCUAUUCAAGCAUUGUGAUUCUUGAAAAUAAGUUUCUGUGUGGUUUAAUUAAGAGAUGUCGAAUAAAUACUUUUCCUGGGGAGCGUUUCUAAUU